AUGUUCCAAUCUCCUUUUGCCUUUCCAAACCACCAGCAAAAUCGAGCAAACGCUGUCUCUAAUGCAGUGUUUUCUCGUGCUCCAGUGUACGACUUGAUUUUCCAAGCCCUUUCUCCUCGGUCUCUCAUUAGAACAGGUCGAACGUGUCGCGUUGCGAAAGAUGCCGUGUACGAUUUUUCAGUUCGAGCGUUCAAUAUUAACCGGCACCUUUCUCGUUUCUUCACCAACCCUCUCGCCUUUCGGUCUUUGCAAGCGUGCACGGGCACAUUGAUCUCUGGAUCCAGCGCGAUUCAGUUUCUAGAUCGGACUUUUUAUCCAGAAUCCGAUCUAGAUAUCUAUACUCAUCCAGGUCACGCUCGCGAAGUCGGUCUCUGGCUCAUGGAAAUCGAAGGGUACCGUUUUGAGCAUAACUCAGUACAGCAUGCAGAUUUCAAAGUAGAACUCCCAGAUGACUGGGAUGGACAGGAGCGUCGCGUUUAUUCAGCCGAUAACUUUAACUAUUGCAUGAAAGGAGUGGAGGCAGUGUAUACAUUUACCAAAGAGCAGCCUGGUGGCGAGCCUCUGAAAGUGCAGCUCGUCGAUUCCAAGUUAAACCCAUUGGAGGUUAUCCUCAAUUUUCACUCAACGUGUGUCAUGAACGUGAUCGCCUUUGAUGCUGCAUACUCCUUAUAUCCCAUGGCUACAUUCGAGGAUAGGCGCGCUCUCAAGUUGACCAAUCCUCGACCGCACUAUAUAAGUGCGCUGCACAAAUACGUCCAUCGCGGUUGGCGGUUAAUUGCAUACAUCAACGCGCAUGAUGAGCUUAGCCGUUCUUCGUUCUUUCUGUCCAGGGCUCGAUGGGUAAAUGAUCAACAUAGCUGGAUAGUCCCCUUGAACAUGGAAGGAGUCCACUUACGCCCUUCGAUGUCACCUUCCUCAGAAAAUAUUAGCUGGGACCCUGUUAUUCACAACAGUUGGACGCUGGCCCGUACUAACGAUGAAAAGGAAUACUCUGAGAUUUAUUCUCAAUACCAACCUUCCCAUACUACCGUGUGCCGUUAUAACUAUACGGUGGCGGUAAAAGAAUUGCUUUAUAUGUUGAUUUCGCACUUCAAACCGCAGGGAAAGCUAUAUCAUUCAAUCACAUAUCUCGAUAAAAGCCACUGGACCUGGCAUGAUGCAGAUAUACCAAGGAUCAGGAGUCGCUAUGAAUCCGAGUCCAUGUUGAUUAGAGAUUGA